AUGAGUUCCACGUUCCAGGAUAAGGUAAAAGCACUAAAUACGGAGGCUAAAAAAAUCCUUGAGCAUAAUCGAAAUAAAGAGAGACGUAAGGAAGAGAAGGAAUUGAAAUCGCGUCAGGAACGAGUUAGACAAGCACAGGAAGCACGAAAACAGGAAGAAGAGGAGAAAAAGCAUGCUGAUAGUGCAGGAGGCUUCGGUGGUUUUGGUAUGCCAAAUAUGCCAAAAGGAUUCGAAAAAAUCUUCCAAGACUCGGAGGUUAUGAGUCUGCUAAAAGAUGAAAGUGUCCUUGCGGCCUACAUGGACAUCAUUAAUAACCCGGCUAACAUUGCAAAACAUAUGGCAAACCCAAAAGUGAUGAAAUUGUUCAGCAAAAUUGGUAAUGCUACUGGUGGGUUUGGCAUGGGCGGUGGAAAUCCAGAGAUGAAAGAAACGGUACCAAACGACGGGACCACGACAAACACGACACCAAACAAGGCUCCCGAACCAGAUCUUGAUUGA